CAGAAACUUCGUAACUGUCAAGUGGAGUGUAUCGUUUCGAAUUAUUUCGCUAAAAUUGGAUAUGGAGAUUAAAUUUUGAAUAAUAUUAACGAAAUAUAAGAAAGUUAUAAGUGUUGGAUUUGUGAGCAAAAAUGUUACGAGGAAGACAGUCUUCACGUCGUUGACGAGUUUUGUUUGGGAUAUUAAUGUCUAUACGAUUCAUGAAAUGUUUCUGGGGAGAUAUUUUUGGUACGAUUACAUUGAUAUGUCAUAUGUGCGGUGAUGUGAAUUACUGUUGUUGUUAUGAGAUCACCUAAUUCGUUUUGUAUAGGAAAACCUAACAUGUGACUUUAUGUGAUGUUUUGUACUUAAAAAUUAGUUUAAAGUAAUAAAACUUCGGUUUGCUCAAUGGAUUCCAAGAGGAAGAAGAGAACAUCUAAAAAUGAUAAGAAGAACAAAAUUGAAAACAAUAACGCCAACAUGAAUACAAAAGAUGAAUGUGAGAAUGCUAACAUGGAGCCGAAUGGUAGCGAUUCGGGGAGUUCCACUGACAGUGAGGAUUUGGUCAACGCUAUGAAUUAUAACACAAUAACAUCACUGGCUGCCUUGAAAGACAUAUUACAGGGUGACAACAAUGACACACCAGAAACUGAUAGUUUCUUUCAACACUAUUUUAUGAAUCACUGUAAUAAUCUGUCAAGUCAUAAUGCGAACUCGCCGACACCGUUCCCUUAUUCUGAAAGACGGAGAUUAUCACAAUGUAGAGAGGAAGACGAAGAUGACGAAAAGAAAGAUUUUCACAACCACUAUCCUAAUGGGUCACCCGGCACAAAGUCAGAAAAGACUUCGCAAACUUGUAACUCCGCCUCAUCCAAAGAGCACGAAAUGAGCACUGACAGCUAUUUACAAAGAGAAACAUCUGAGGAACAAUCACUUUCUGACAAUAAAGAUGAUGUUUCAGAGAUCGAUCCUUCGAAGCGUACGGUCAUGGGAGCAAAGCACAAAUUUUUAGUUACUAAGGCUGAGCAGGUGCCACAAAAUAUUUUUGAGCGUGCCCUGCGUACAAAAGUUAACAACUCUCACACCGUACAUUUCGGCACAAAGGGUGCGGAGGAACAGAGACCAAGCGUACGCGCAAUAUUUACGGGGCAGAAUCUCCAUCGUGAUAAAAAAUAUUUCGACAGUAGCUUAAUUGAAAUUAGAUCAACAGUUGAUGAUACAUUAACCAGCUCCGAAGACAUUUGGGUAAAAAGAAGUGACGACAAAAAAGUUAAUAAAGACGAACCAACGGAAGCGCUACCUGCUAUUAAAAAAGAUGUUAAAGAUAGUUCCAGUAACUAUCAUAAGAUUGAGCGUGAAAGAUCAGGGACUUGGGGCUCACAAUCACAACCAGCGCCAAAAGUUAAAGAGGUAACAAAAAAGGUCGCCAAGGAAAAAGAAGUUCGACGAUAUAGCGAUGAGAGAAGACAGAAACGAGAGCAACGUCUUGAUGCUGCGAUUACAAGGAGCACGCAGUCUGUCGGGGAACGCAAGCGUCGAAGUUCAGCUGACGAUGGUCAAGCUCACCCCAUGUACCAACAGACCAUACAUGGAACCUCCGGGGUGAGUCGCAGGCCGGCCUUGUUCGAUAUGUUCAAGUCGAAGCCUCGCGGUGACGCCAAAAAACCAUCGUCCAUCAUACAACAAGUUAAAGCAGCUGUUCAGAGCAUGACUAAGUCAGGGCCGGCCAAAGAACCGGUAAAAGUGGAAGCCGCAAGCCCUAGUCCACCCGUCAAGACCAGAGACGGUUCCGCUCAUCCACAUCCUGGAAGUGACACGAGGUACUAUCACACUGUUACGGCAUCAACAUCGCGUCGGCCGAGCGCUAUGGCCAAGGUCAUGGAUAUAUUCCGCGGACGCGCCUCCAUACCAGGACAGAUAGUACCACCAGAUGGCGCUGAACGAAGACGAGCUAGAGCUUUGGCGCAACAACAGCAUCAUGGAGCAGGAGCUUACCUUCGCCGUGCGGCGUCUCAGGAGGCUGAGAAGCGUCGCUCGUCCCUGGGCAAUGUUCCUAGCGGUCGGCAUCGGAUGUCAGAUGCCUUCCUUGAUCCUCACCAUGCGGCCAUGCUGUUCAGAGAUUCCAGAGGGUUACCCGUCGCUGACCCGUUUUUGGAAAAAGUCAGUUUAUCUGAUUUGGAGGAAGAUGAAUCACAGAUAUUCGUGAAGUUUUUUAAGUUUCACAAAUGCUAUGAUCUGAUUCCGACCUCCGCAAAGCUGGUGGUGUUUGAUACCCAGCUUCUUGUCAAGAAAGCGUUCUUCGCACUCGUCUAUAACGGUGUACGAGCAGCUCCGCUAUGGGACUCUCAGCGACAGAGGUUCGUUGGUAUGCUGACCAUCACAGACUUCAUCAAAAUCCUUCAGAUGUACUACACGAGUCCCAAUGUUACAAUGGACGAAUUAGAGGAGCAUCGCCUCGAGACUUGGAGACAGGUCCUGAAGGGUUCUGUGAUGCCUCUCGUCUCAAUAGGUCCGGACUCGUCGCUCUAUGACGCCAUCAAAAUGUUAAUAACUAACCGAAUUCAUCGUCUGCCGGUCAUUGACCCCGACACCGGCAACGUGCUCUAUAUACUCACCCACAAAAGAAUACUCCGUUUUCUUUUCUUAUAUAUCAACGAGUUGCCAAAGCCAUCUUACCUGCAAUGUAAGCUACGUGACCUUCGCAUAGGAACCCUUAAUGACAUCGAAACAGCUACAGAGGACACAUCAAUAAUACAAGCGCUGAGGAAGUUUGUCAACAGACGAGUGUCGGCAUUACCGCUUAUAGAUUCCGAAGGCCGCCUCAAGGAUAUAUACGCGAAAUUCGAUGUCAUUAAUCUGGCCGCUGAGAAAACAUACAACAACCUAGACGUGUCUCUAAAAAAGGCUAACGAGCAUCGCAACGAAUGGUUCGAGGGUGUUCAGAAAUGCAAUCUGGACGAGACGUUGUACGAAGUCAUGGAGAGAAUUGUGCGGGCUGAGGUGCAUCGUCUCGUGGUUGUUAACGAGGAUGAUAAAGUGACGGGCAUAAUAUCACUGUCCGAUUUGUUGAUGUAUUUAGUGUUACGUCCGACCGGUGACUGUGAAGGCGCCAGUCUCAGGAACGAGCACGGACCCAUUGAAGAGAAAGACGAGACUACCAACACGGAAGACAAACCGACUGACGAAGAUAAGAAGCUCAUCACUACUGACACAGAAACCACCCAACAGGAGUGCCAACAUUAAAAAAAAAACAAUCAAACGGAGUGCCAACGUUGAAAUAAUGUGUUUUGUUUUAACUCAGGGCUGACUACGAUCUAUGUGGAGUAUAAAUUGUUUUUGUUGAUUUCUCCAUCAAUUAACUUAUAUUGAUGUCGCAGAUGAUCUUUCCGUGUUUCAUAAACGCUACAGCGUUCUAUUUUAUAUUCCACUUUAUUGUACUAUAUUAUUUAAUUUUUUUUGUAUGUCCGUAAAUCAUGAUGUUAUUUUUUUUUAAUUUCAAUUUGUGGUUGAUAUCAGAAUGUCAGUAGCGAUAGUUAAUAAUAUAGUGUUUUUUUAUAGAAAUCCAAAGUGAAGCUCCUUCGAUAUACAAAUUUUUGUCUAAGAAUAUUUUAUAGAUUGUUUUUUUCUUAUUUUAUGAUGACUUGUAUAUUUGGAAUAUUUUCUUUUUCUACUAAUAUUACCAACAAUUUUGACUUUAGUAUAGGUUUAUUUUUAAUACACAUAUUAUAUAUUUUAGAUAACGAGGGUGAAAUUCCAAGUUAUAAUCUUAUUAACUUACUUGAAAUGACGUUGUAUUUUUUAACAUAUCUUAUAUAUUAAAACUAUAAAGUAGACUCAUAUCGUAUACAAUACGUUGUAAAUGUUCUUCUUAACGAAACGCAUAUAAAUAACUUUGAAACAUUUAGUUAGGUUCUAGAGUAUGUAAUAUGAAUUACUUAGAACUUUAUCGUAACUGAUAAUCCUAGGGAUGUUAUAACGUUUGACGGUCUCCUUCUCAAACUUUAGUUUUAUCGGUGUAUCGAAUAUCUGAAAUAUAUAUUUUUGAUAUCUUACGAAAUAUUCAAAAUCAUGUUUAAUCUAAAUCUAACAAAAAACAUAUGAAUCGAUGUAGACGUUUGUAUUCUAAGUGAAAUUAACUGAGAGUAUCAAAAUGUUUUAUAAUACAAAACGUGUGCUUCGUUUCUAUGUGCAUAUCUUUAAAUGUAUUUCUUUAACAUAUCCGUGUAACUAAAGUGAGGGUACGGUCAGAGCUUCAGAGCGCUGCAAGUAUUAUGAAAAUGUGUUAUUAAUUUAUGUGUAGUUUAGGUUUAGCGAUAACUUCCAAUUAAUGUUGUACUAUUGUUGCGUUUUUCCAUCUAUGGUCGAAUUUUCGCCGCCGUAUGUUUAAUGGAAAUAUAAAACGCACAUCAUAUGAAGACUAUCAAAUAAAACUCGGUACCGUGUC